UUCCUUCGCGAUCGCGGGAAACGACUCGAGUCAUAGAAAAUGCAGUCUGCAGCUAGCCACUGAUAUAUAGAUAUGCAGCACAUCACCGUCGUCACGUCAACAAGACAGUUUCACGCUCCAGGUAGACCUAACGUCAUACGAGCAAUAAAUCGAGAUCCCAAGGCCAAGGAGACUGGCAAAGUACUUUGCAGCAUAACAUUUUCUACUCCAGAUAUAUUGUGAGCCACAUAGGACACAAUGCAGAGUACAUGUAACUCUCGAAUGAAACGAGAAAUUGAGAUGAUGAAAAGGGCGCCCCCUCCUGGCAUAAGUUGCUGGAUGAAAGAUGAUGAUGUAACUCGACUUGAAGCAAAAAUUCUUGGUGGUGAAUCUACACCCUACGCUGGAGGCGUCUUUAAAUUAGACAUUCAUAUACCAGACAGAUACCCGUUUGAGCCUCCGAAGGUCCAGUAUGUGACCCCCAUCUAUCAUCCAAACAUCGAUACAAGUGGAAGAAUCUGUCUGGACUUGCUGAAGAUGCCUCCCGCUGGUAACUGGAAACCAAGUCUCAACAUCUCUACCGUGUUAACUUCCUUACAACUCUUAAUGGCCGAACCUAACCCAGAUGAUCCUCUCAUGGCUGAUAUUUCUGCAGAAUUCAAGCACAACAGAGCCGUGUAUGUGGAGAAGGCUAAGCAAUGGACAAAGACACAUGCUACACAAGAUAUGCAACAGACAUCUGCAAGCAAAGAUGACUCGUCGGAGGAGAGCAGCUCGGAGUCAGAGUCGGAAGGAUCAUCAUCUGAUGAUGAAGAGAACAAGUCAGCCAAUCAGAACUCGUAUUGUUUGAAAUCCUCCAAUCAGAACUCUUCUACUAAGAGCAACUUGGUAGAAAAGGAAGAGCUGACCAAUGAGAGAAAAGGAGAGAAACGAUGUCUGCAUGAAGUCAAUGGGGAGGCGCUGCCUUCUAAAAAGAGUCAUGUGGUAUCUUGAAGUAGAAAAGUGAGAUUGAAAAAUUCACAAGUAAAGAAUUUUUGACAGGACCAGGCAGUGUACGGCGAGUGAGAAUGGACAAAUUAAAGAAGUACACCGCCUUGUAUUUAACUGAACAAUGAAGACAUUUAAUAACAGGGAAGAACAUGGAUUAACAGUAGAUCUACAUGUACUCGUGAAAUUUAAGGAAAACUUGUUUUUAGAUGAGUUUGUAAUCACAUUGAAAGAGAAAACACUGUGAUCAAUGCAUGGCGUUGCAUUCGCUUUGUUUGACCAAUCUAUUGUAUUUGGAUUAAUGCAGAAGGGUAACAUCACAAUAAUGGCGUAACUUACACAAUUCUAUUAUGAUAUUGUCAAAUUCCGUUGGUCUAAAACCAACACAGCAUAUUAUGUAGCUUACUUUGUAUUUUCAUCCACGUAAAUCGAAUAAUGUAUCAUAUUUUUGGGUGUGUUGUAAUUUG